GUAUUCCACAAUAGAAAAAGACUAUAUAUAAAUUAAAUAAUUUAUUCUUUUAAAAUGGGGAUGGGAGAUUCUAAUUGAAUUCUUUUUAAACACUGAGAAAGAAGUAACACUAAGCUUAAAAAAGUUUGUGAUGGUGAUGCCAAAGAAAUUUUUGACUUGAAUACAAGGGGGAGUAAUACGUGUGCUACCUGCAGGUACUUGGAAGUUUACUAAGGACACUCAUUAAUUAUAUAAUUUAUAUCUAUAUAUGACCACUCUCCAUCAUUCAUGAGGGUCUCAACUGAGCCAUAUCUUCCUCUGCUCUGGAUCCAUUAGGGUCUUUUCCACUGCGAAUUCCAGAAGGUACACACUUUCUGCAAUUGCUAAGAGUACUGGAAAUCAAUUAGCAAUAUUUAUAAGAUUCAUCCAUGGCUAGAGAUCAACAAGCGGUAGUGCUUAAUGCACUUGAUGUUGCCAAGACCCAGUGGUACCAUUUCACAGCAAUUGUCAUUGCCGGAAUGGGAUUUUUCACAGAUGCCUAUGAUAUCUUCUCCAUCUCCUUCAUCACCAAACUCCUUGGUCGUGUAUACUAUACUGAGCAAGGUGCGAAAAAGCCUGGCACGUUGCCUCCCAAUGUGUCUGCAGCCGUUAGCAGUGUUGCCCUAUGCGGCACUUUAGCCGGACAACUCUGCUUUGGCUGGCUUGGUGAUAAAUUAGGCCGAAAGAAAGUUUAUGGUAUAACUCUCAUGCUAAUGGUGAUCAGCUCCAUUGCCUCAGGGCUCUCUUUUGGAUCCACACCAAAUGGUGCAAUGGCAACGCUUUGUUUCUUUCGAUUUUGGCUUGGUUUCGGCAUUGGCGGUGACUAUCCCCUUUCAGCUACAAUCAUGUCUGAGUAUGCUAACAAAAAGACUCGUGGGGCUUUCAUAGCGGCUGUUUUUGCCAUGCAAGGAUUUGGAAUUUUGACAGCUGGGAUUGUUUCUAUAAUUGUUUCAAGCGCAUUUGAUCAUGCAUACAAGGCUCCUCCUUACUCAGUUGAUCCAAAAGCUUCUCUUGUUCCUCAAGCUGAUUACGUUUGGCGCAUCAUUUUGAUGUUUGGAGCCCUCCCUGCUGCUCUUACUUACUACUGGCGAAGUAAAAUGCCUGAGACAGCUAGGUACACUGCCCUUGUUGAAAACAAUGCAAAACAGGCAGCAGUAGACAUGUCUAAAGUGUUACAAGUUAAUCUUGAAUCCGAAGAGGGCAACGUCGAGGAGAAAGUGAUCGAGCAACAACAUCCAGACAAAGCAUCGUUUGGCUUGUUCACCAAGGAAUUUGCACAUCGGCACGGACUUCACUUGCUUGGUACCACCACUACUUGGUUCUUACUUGACAUUGCCUACUACAGCCAAAAUCUUUUCCAAAAGGAUAUAUUCAGUGCAAUUGGGUGGAUUCCAGCAGCAGAAACCAUGAACGCCAUUGAAGAGCUCUAUACAAUUGCAAGGGCACAAACACUUAUAGCGUUGUGCAGUCUUGUUCCGGGUUACUGGUUCACAGUGGCAUUCAUCGAUCAUAUUGGAAGGUUUCCAAUCCAAUUAAUGGGUUUCUUUUUCAUGACAGUAUUCAUGUUUGCCCUUGCAAUUCCUUACCAUCAUUGGACAUUGAAGCCUAACAGAAUUGGGUUUGUGGUAUUGUACUCACUCACAUUUUUCUUCUCCAAUUUUGGACCCAAUGCCACCACCUUUGUUGUGCCAGCAGAAAUCUUCCCUGCAAGGCUGAGGUCUACUUGUCACGGAAUAUCAGCGGCUGCAGGUAAGGCUGGAGCUAUAGUAGGUGGCUUCGGGUUCUUAUACGCUGCACAAAGCACAAACCCGGCAAAAACGGACCCUGGAUACCCACCAGGUAUUGGUAUGAAGAAUUCUCUAAUUAUGCUUGGCACCAUCAACUUCUUCGGCAUGUUGUUUACUCUGUUAUUGCCUGAAUCAAAGGGAAAAACACUGGAGGAGUUGAGUGGUGAGAAUGAGGAGUGAGACAUGAUAAUGUAAUUGAGUGCAAUUUUAGAAUGUCUAAAAUUGGAAGGUUCAAAUAAAGCUUUGCACAAGUUCAAAUAUUGGUUAAUAGGCUUAAGUAUCUAGAUUGUUGUAUAAGAGUUAAAUAGCUUAUGCUUAUUUGUUGCUAAAGUCCAUAUCUAUUGUACUACAGCUUUGUAUUUAUACUGGGAAUAAAUCAUCAGACUUUCACAUC